AUGUCAAUUGUUGGCACACAUCUCUUUGUGCUUCAAACAUCACAUUUUAAACUAGCCAUAGACGACGCAUGCUCAUGCAUAAUCAUGAUAAAACUAGUAUAUCGACUAUUUAGAGCAGUUCUAUUUCCUCGUCAAAUGUUGCCAACAAGUAAACUACUCCUUCUCUUAUUUAUUCACUUUAUCGGCGGUAUUCUAAUUGGUUAUUUUAUCGCGAACAAUCGAGUCAUGUAUAAGACGAAUUUCGUUCUAACACCAUCAUCAAUAGAAUCGCGUGGCGCACUGCAACAUACACAUAAUUCCACUUCACAUGUUGUUAUAGUGAAUUUUAGUAAACCAGUUAAUGUGACAUUCAAAUGUAUGAAAACCAAAACACUGCUGAAUUAUUUCAAUUCCCAUAUAUGUGUUUACGAUUCGCAAAAGGAUAUUUAUGUCAGUAAUUCGUUUCGCGAAUCAACAUCUAUUUGGGAAGAAGAAGGCGUUACUCGAAUACUUCGCGUACUUCUUCGUUAUCCGCAUUUAGAUUUCAUUGAUAUCGGAGCCAAUAUUGGCACUUAUACAAUGUAUGCAGCUGCCUUAGGACGAUUUGUUCUAUCUAUAGAAUGUUUUGGUCCAAAUGUUGAUCGACUUCAUCGUGCAGUUCAAUUGGCUGAUGUCGGAAAUCGAAUUGCUCUAGUUCACAACGCAUUGUAUACGAAAUCCGGCGAAUAUUUAAAAUUGUCAAACGAUGCACUAAACGUCGGCGGACAAGAAUUAGAUGCUGCGAUGAAACCCAACAUUAGUAAAUCGCUUUCACAUAAUCAAAGUCUUUCAAACCCUUAUGUAGUGAAGACAAUCCAAUUCGAUGAUCUUCUACCAGUUUUACGCGAACGCGGUUUACGUAGUGCAAUUAUGAAAGUUGACAUUGAAGGCAGCGAAAGUUUUGUUGUGGAAGCUGGAAGUCAAAUAUUCGAUUCAUUCGAUAUACCAAUGGUUCAAAUUGAAUGGUUGAAAGUCCGCGUUUUUCCGAAACGUGUCAAUAUUUUGAUCGACUUUUUUAUUAAGCGUAAUUACGAACCACGAACGUUUCAAUGUCAACUACUCGCUAUGAAUGAAGUUGAGAAGUGGCCAAAUGAUUUUUGUUGGACGAAAAAGAACUUCACAUUUUGUUAA